GUGUGGUCUAUAGAGUAGACAUAUAUGCUACUCAUGGUGGAAUUCAAAACAAAAUGGACGCCAUAGAUUGGUGCGCGAUGCAUAAGAUUCGGUGAGCUGUUUGCUUGCAAAAGAAGCAAAAGUCGACAGCGAAGAACUGAUGAAACUCAUCCUAGCCGCAUAUAAACAAAACGCUACCCAUCAAAUUAAACUCAUCUGAACCCUCGCCUGAGUUUGAGCACCGCCGCAAUGUUUUCUCCCAAAGAGAUGCCCUCCACGGCCUCAACAUUGUUCUCCGCCUAUGCGUCCUUCGCCGCCACCAUGAUGAUGGUCCGGUCCAUGGCCAACGAGAUCGUCCCUUACGAGCUCCGCGCCUACCUCCACUCUGCCUUGAAUUACCUAUUUACCUCCCGCUCCUCCACUCUCACCCUCGUCAUCGACGAGUGCUGCGGCAUGGCCCGCAACCAGGUCUACGAAGCCGCCGAGCUCUACCUGCGAACCAAGAUCAGCCCCGCCACGGACCGCCUCAGAGUCAGCAAGACCCCGCGCCAAAAGCACAUCAGCGCCGCCAUCGAGAAGGGCGAGGAGAUCAAUGACAAGUUCGAGAACCUCCAAGUCAAGUGGCGGUUCGUCUGCACCGAACCCAAAGACCAACGUUCCAACGACGAGAAGCGCUUCUUCGAGUUGAUCUUCAACAAGAAAUUCAAGGACAAAGUGUUCGAUUCUUACCUGCCGUACGUUCUGCUCAGAGCUAACGCUAUCAAAGAGCAACAGAAAGUUGUCAAGCUGUACAACCGCGAGUGCCCGUCCGACGACAUCGACGGAGGGGGUUGGGGGAUGUGGGGUUCCAUCAAUCUGGAGCAUCCGUCUACGUUCGACACGUUGGCAAUGGAGCCGGAGCUCAAGCAGGCCAUAGUUGAGGACUUGGACAGGUUUCUCAGGAGGAAAGAGUUCUACAAGAAGGUGGGGAAGGCUUGGAAGAGAGGGUACUUGUUGUACGGUCCGCCUGGUACGGGUAAAUCGAGCUUGAUUGCGGCCAUGGCUAAUUACCUCAAGUUCGACAUCUACGACUUGGAGCUGACGAGUGUUUACGGCAACUCCGAUCUGAGGAGGAUUUUGUUGUCCACCACCAACCGGUCUAUUCUGGUGAUUGAGGAUAUAGAUUGCAGCGUGGAGGUGCAGGAUCGCCAAAAUCCUGACGAGUUUCAAGCUUCUUCCACGUCCAAGGUGACGCUCUCGGGUCUAUUGAAUUUCAUUGACGGUUUGUGGUCAAGCUGUGGAGAUGAGCGAAUCAUUGUGUUCACCACCAACCACAAAGACCGGCUAGAUCCUGCCUUGCUGCGACCCGGUCGAAUGGACAUGCACAUUAACAUGUCAUAUUGUACAACUCGUGGGUUUAGAGUCUUGGCCUCUAAUUACCUCGGCAUUCAUCAGAGCAAAACCCACCAUCUCUAUGAAGAAAUUGAAGACCUAAUAGACAACACAGAGACCACCCCAGCUGAGGUUGCUGAGGAACUAAUGAAGAGUGAUGAUGCCGAUGUCGCUUUUGGCGAGCUUCUUAAUUUCCUCAAGCGUAAGAAGGCUGCAAGCAUUGAAAUUAAAGAGGAAGAAGGUAGUAAGAAGACUGAAGAAGAUCAAGAAGCAAAGAGAUUGAAACUGACGAGAAUUGCUAGAAAUUUUAGGAAAAAAGCUAUAAAAGGAAAGAGGAAGAAGAAGAGGUCUCAGGUGACGAGCCAACGAGUGUAAAAUGUUAUUUCAAAUCUUCAAUGGGCUUAUAAUGGGGAUGCCCUUGGAAAGCAGGCCCGGCCAGCAAUCACUUAUUUUACGAUUGUAGCCUUUUUAAUUUUUUUUUUUUUUUAAUAUAUAUGAAUUUGGAAACAUAUAUUAGAGCUGUACCUCUCUAGGUAUUAUAUCC